UAGCUUCUAGUCUUGAGAAAGCAACUUGUAAUGGCGGCCAUGCGAAGAUGAUCGAAGACGGUCCAGGUUCUCAACACGGCGGCCAGGUCGGCCCAGGAUCAGGAAUAAGCAUCGGCAUGGUCACUAAACAACAACAAGAUGGCGAAUCGGUCCAGAGACCACAAUAUUCCAUGCCUGGGAUUUUACAUUUUCUGCAAACGGAAUGGGCUCGUUUCGAGAUGGAACGAUCGCAAUGGGAAGUCGAAAGGGCUGAACUUCAAGCAAGAAUUGCAUUUCUACAAGGGGAAAGAAAGGGACAAGAAAAUCUGAAACAAGAUUUGGUUCGGCGCAUCAAAAUGUUGGAAUUUGCCUUGAAACAAGAAAGAGGAAAGUACCACAAAUUGAAGUAUGGGACCGACCUGAACCAGGAUGACAUGAAACCUCCAAGCUUCGAUAAGAAAACUGAUCAAGAUGUAAUAGAUGGAGAAUCACUUCUAGCCUCUGGUCCAAACAGCACAGCAUCAUGGAGACAAGGGAGGCAACUCCUUCGACAAUAUCUUCAAGAAAUUGGUUACACAGACACAAUCAUUGAUGUGCGAUCAGCUAGGGUGCGGUCGUUGCUAGGGUUACAACCCCACACAGAGAAUGAAGCUGAGGGGGCACAGCCAGCUCUGGUCAAUGGGGAACAGAGUCCAGGGAAAGGGGGAGUUGCUGCAGGCAAGAGAGUAGGGACAAAGAGAGUUGGUGGGGCAGUUCCCAUAGAGGGAACUUUGAUUGAUACUGAGGCCGCUGUGAUGACAACGUUUGAUUUUUUAGCUAAUGAGAAUGUUGUGGAUGAUGAAGAUGACAAUCUUAGUGAUGAAAAUGAAGAUGGUGGGUCUGCAGAUGACGAAUCUGAUGAAAGGUUAGAAAGAAAAGGUCACAAGAUAAAGGAUGUACCCCUGGCUACUAGAAGUGUCUUGGGAGAUGGGAUUGUGAAGAGAGAUGCCAUGCACAUGAUGGUGGGUAAUGAAAGCAUGGCUGGUAUAGAGGACGUCAUGGCAGACCCGGAAACAGAGGAGGCACUGGCGGAAUUUGACUUCCUGGUUUCGGAGAGCGGGGAAGGUGCUGGAGAGGCUCGUAGCCAUGGCGAUGGGACAGAGUGGGAGAAGCGGGAACUGUCAUCUAAUGAAGAGUGGGUGGUCGAUCAACAACAAUUAUCUAAGCUUAAAGAGCAGUACAAAAAGGAGAGGAAAGGAAAGAAGAAUAGGCCCACCCGAUCAACCCUCCAAGCCAUGCUUGCUAAUCUGGGCACCGAGGAAGAUCACCUGCCAGCACUGCAGGCUGGAGCUGCUAGUCCUCACACCGAGAAUAGUAUGCCUGACAUAGAUGAAAUGGGUGUUCAAGGGGGAGGUUCCAUGCCAUUUCCGUCUGGAUCUCGGAAACCGAUCCUUGGUAUGCCUGGCGCCGACGAGGAUGCCCUUGAUGCAGCGCUUGGUUUAGGAGAGUUAGCUGGUCUGACUGUCACCAAUGAGGCUGACCCUAUGAGCUAUGAUAUAUCAGCACCAAAAGAAGUUUAUAGGAAAACAUGGAAUGCAAAAUACACUCUUAGAAGUCAUUUUGAUGGUGUACGGGCACUAGCAUUCCACCCGGUUGAACCAGUGCUAAUAACAGCAUCUGAGGACCAUACACUGAAAUUAUGGAAUCUACAGAAGACAGUACCAGCCAAAAAAGCUGCAUCUUUAGAUGUGGAGCCUGUGUACACGUUUCGAGCCCAUGUGGGUCCUGUGCUGUGCCUCGCUGUCAGUGCUACAGGGGAGCAGUGCUUCAGUGGAGGCAUGGACUCAUCCAUUAGGUGUUGGAAUAUACCAAGCUCUAAUAUUGAUCCUUAUGACUCUUUUGAUCCCAGUGUUUUGUCCGACACACUGGUGGCUCACAGAGAUGCAGUGUGGGGGUUGUCUAUACACAGCUCGAAGAUGCAGCUGUUAUCGUGUUCAGCUGACGGGACAGUCAGGUUGUGGAGCCCCGGCAGCAAGUCUCCACUCCUCAACACAUUCACGGUUGAUACAGCAGAAGAGGGAGCACCUACCUCUGUAGAUUUUGUGCGUUGUGAUCCCAGUCGGAUGGUGGCUAGCUAUACGUCCUCUAAUACCUAUGUAUUUGACAUAGAGACUGGAAAACAGGUUCUCAAAUUAGAAACAAAAAUAAAUUCAGAUUCUAGCGGAAGCAAUCAAAUCAACAGGGUGGUAAACCACCCUACACUUCCACUGACCAUAACAGCACAUGAAGAUAGACACAUUAGGUUCUUUGACAAUAACACAGGGAAAAUCAGUCACUCAAUGGUGGCCCAUUUAGACUCAGUUACCAGUUUAGCAGUGGAUCCAAAUGGAUUGUAUCUCUUAUCAGGGAGUCAUGACUGCUCUAUUAGGUUAUGGAAUUUAGACAGUAAAACUUGCGUGCAGGAAAUCACCUCCCAUCGCAAGAAGUUUGAUGAAUCAAUUCACGACGUUGCCUUCCAUCCGCAAAAACCCUACAUUGCUAGUGCAGGAGCCGAUGCACUAGCCAAAGUCUUCGUAUGACACCAAUAAAGACUUCUAGUCUGUCGGCAAAACAAUGAAAAUACCAGUUUCUUUUGUGUGGCAUGUUGUCAAGGAGGCUACCAACUAGUCUGGGCCACCAUAUGCUUACAUUCUCGCUUACGUUAAUGGCGACAACCAGCAGGCAGGGCUUGGUAGGUGGGUGGGGGUUAAUGUGUCGUUGUCUGUCUGCGUCACUUGGUGAGUGAUCCCCUGUCAUGUUAACACCCCCAUCCUCUUGUCCGUGCAUAAUGGAUCACAUACUCAUUGCUCUGUUCUAUUUGAGAUUUGUGCUGCAGCUUUCAGUCGACAAAGUCUUCAUGUGGAGAUGUAUGAUUCUCAGGGCAGUCUUCACAUCAAGAUGAACAAUCCGAAAUUUUAACCCGAAAAAUAGGCUACAUAAGGAAUUGACGUUGGUGUUGUCUCUGCCAUCUUGCAAGUCUUGUGAUAGUUGGUAAGAAUUUGCCAUAGGCUGUAUGAAUGCAAGUUAGGCUGUAGAAAAGAAAUAUUGGCAUGGGUAGAUGGUAAAGAAGAAACGUUUGUGCAUCAUGUUCUUAAGGGGAACAUGAAAUUGCACAUGGUAAACAUCCAUGUAGAAUGGCAACCAGGAAUGGCAUAACCCAUCCAUAUAGGAUGUGAUACAUCCUAAAAUGUGACACUGCCGAUUUUGAGGGGCUAUUUAUUGUAACAGUUUCUAAGUGACUUGUUUGUGGCGUCUAUCAUCCUCCUGAGGCACCCUCCCAGUGUACAGUGCUAUGUGUGCGUGUAUCACCUGUCCUAGAAGUGUAUACAAGUUUGCAAUAACACAAGAGUGGAUGAGCCUGGACGGACAUGGAUGGACAGACAGAUCUGAGGUUGAGCGAGAGAGAACAAAGGAUGUUGACAUUCAUCCCCUUCCACACUUUUAGUGACUGCAUCAUCAUACACAACCCCAUUUGUACAUUUUAUGAUGACAUACUCUAAGGCUAACUAUUGGUCGACAUGUAAUAUUUGUAAUUAUGAAGACACUAAACUAUUUCAGUAUUUUGUAGUUAGCCUGUUCAUACCAUAUACAUUAACAGUGUGGGCACAUGUUGAUAUUUGUGCUUGCUUAUGUAAAUAGGCAUGUUAAUGUUAGUUCUCUGUGUUCUCCCUCUUGGUUGAUGUUCUUGUCAACUGCUUAGGCAGCAUGGAUUUCGUCUAGUUGAUUCUGGGGGCAAAACCAAACCGCUGAUUACUUAAAACAGGGUCAGUGCAUGAAAGUCAACAUUAUUCCGUAGCACUGAAUUGUAAAAGAAUAAAAUAGGGUUUCAUUCUAUAUCUUUCAAAGUACAAAUCUCUUUCAUCAUACUAUUGCUCUCAUAGUAUUGUAAUGUUAGAAAGGCUAAUUCUGCUUUUAUCUGUAUAUUCUAUAUAUUAAAGAAAUUAUUUAUCAGACUUAACCUUUCUAGAAAUUAAUUAUAUUCAUUAAUUUCUUUGAUUUUUUGCGAUGCAGAUUUUGUUAAUUUAUGAUCAAGCAUGAGCGAUAAUGACAUCUGUCCAUUUUCAUAACGGAUUGAACUUUGGCUACAGUCUUGUUCAGUAGAGGUUGACAUUGAGGUAAAGGAUUUCUGUUCAUGUAUAACAUGUCUUGUUUUCACUUGCUGAGCAUGCUGAGUAGACAUAUUCUUUAUACUCAAUUUAUUUCUCCUUACUGUUGUAUAUUAUGUAGGUUUCAGUCAGUAAUGAACAUGACACUGAAGGACUGGACCACUAACAGUGAUACUUUGUUCCAUCAGUUCACAACUGUAUUUCUGUUGGGUACUUUUAGCUGGUUUGAUUAUUUAUUCAAAUGAGUUCUGCAAUUAAAUCUUGAAAGGAGAUUCCUAAAUUUAUACAUUUUUACAUAAUCGUUCAUUUAUCUCAUGUUUGUGUUCUUGUUUUUAGAGAGAAGAUUACAUACCACUAAAUCAUGUUUCUCAUUAUUAUGGGCUAAAGAGCAGUCAUACAGUUAUAUCAGAAGCAGCAGCAUCUUUAAGGGAAGGAAUGUGUUCAGCAUAUCCAUAUCAGACAAUGUCUAAUUAUUUUGACUGCAAAGAGUUGUGUGGCUGAUGCUAUUAGAUGACAUGUACUGGUUCAUCAGUGAAAGCGAUCUCAACACUCUUGUCAUUAUCAAUUCGUCCAGCUUUUCUUUUCAGUGGAAAUAUCCUGGCAUAAUCAGCACUGUUUGCUUUAAAGAUUAAUUCUUUGAACAGCUAUUCUACUGCUGGUGAAAUGAUGACAACGAUACCUGGUUUCUCUCUCAGGAAGGCCUUUGCAUGCAGUUGCCAAUGCUUUACUUGUAAUAUAACACACACUGGUUUAACAGCCAAACAGUCAAUACAGUGACCAAAUCGGUAAAAUCACUAAGUCCCUCAACAUUUAUUUUUUACAGAUGCCACCUUCAAUGAAAAUAAUCCUCCCUUUGGAAUUGUAAUUAUUCAUAGAUUGUGAUAACUACUUUUGUAAUGUCUCUAAUACCUGAAGUAAAAUGUUCCGGAGUGAUCCUACACAGUAUAUAUUUCUGUGUUCUUGUACAUCACUUUGUAAAAGACAUCUAUCUAAUACCAUUAUAUUGAUCAGUUCGUAUACUAGCAAUAGCUUUAGAGAUUCAUAUACUUUAUGAUUGAUACAGUAUGUUCGUAUUGGCUCUCAGUUUCCAUCGUAUAUUAACUAACCAAAGUUUGUCUCUUGAAAUCCAUGCUGCUUGAUUAUUGAUGUUACUGGGGGAAAAUAACAAGUAUAUAUGGAUUGCCAAUAGCAGGGAUGGUAUAACUACUAACUCCAACAUAGAUAAUAUAUACAUGGUCAUUGGCCUGAACACCAUUUCUUUGGUUCUUCAGAGGCACAUGUAGGGCAUUCGUAACACGGAUUUGCUGUUUCACUGUGCCAUUGUUGAUAUGUAUCCUUAUACUUACAAAUAUAAAUUCAGUGGAAAAUUGUUAAAACAAUUAUUUUUCAAGUUUCUUGCUUUGAUGAGUUAUUGUGUUGACAAUUUUAGAUAUUUUAAUCUUAGAGCUUAUCAUUUGGCGUCAGCAUCAUCUGUAAUUUUAGAAUUCUUACCUCAUGUCAUCGUUCAUGAUCAUAGUGUUGAUGAACGUAUUAGUGUGUGAGAAAGACACUACAUAGUAGUCUAAUUGUAUAAUUAUAAGGAAAUACAUGGUUGGGAUUGUAGGGAAUAUAUAUUUGAAUAACCCAGGAAAAUGUGAUUUUAGAAGGAGUUUUAUUUUCACAUAUGAACUACAGUGCUAACCAUAUGAUUACCAGUCCAGUCUUUUCUCAGAUGAUGAAUUUUGUCUUUUCUAGAUGUUUCUUUAUUGUGAACCAUGUGUUACUGGUCUUUCUGUAUACAGUGUCUGCUCGUCAAGUCUUUGGACCUGCUGGUCUUUAAAUCUCUGUCUCCUAACACCUAUCAUGAACCCUAGUGAUUCAAUCAAGCUUGCUUAUUGUUAAUUUAAUAAGAAAAUGGGAAAUGCAAAUUUGACCAUCUGGCAGUGUCUAUUUGAAACAGUAUCAGUAAGUUCACAUUAUUUAAGAAAGUCAAUAAGAAACAUUCCAAGUAGGUCUUUCUGAACAAAAAUGGGAUGUUUGAGGAAUAUAUUAAUGCAAUGACUUUGGAAGAAUAUUUGAAACCAAUUAUAAGAAUAAUAUUUUCCAAGUAUGAAAAAGAAAGGGAUUUGUAUGACAUGCCAGAUUGGUUUGAUAUAAUUUUUUAUUUGAAUAUGUAUACUAACUAAAUAUUACUAGUCAUUUCAGUACAACUAAAUAAUCUUGCAUAUGUACAGAUAAUCAUGUACAGUCAUACAAGAGCAAUUUUUAACAUAUUUUUGGACUGCCUAUGUGAAAUGUACAUUUAGUUGUGUAUACAUACAUGUAUAUUGUAUUAACUGCCAUAGAAAAUCAAAGAGAUGAAGUGCUUUCAUAUCAAACUGAUGUGUAAUCUAUACAGAAAUAAUGCCUCUAGAUACAUUAGGUUACUAGACGUGUGCUUUGCACCCUAGAAUCAACACUUACACGUCUUGUCUUUCUGAAUGAGUUACCGUCAUUUCUCUGUAUACAGCAAAUUAAUAAAACUGAAUUUGAAAUUA